UUCCUAAAGGGCCUAUUCCCUUGUGGAUUCCAGUCAGGUUUCUACCUUCCUCAUCUCGAUUCUACUUAUUGUCUAUGGAAGCUUCAGGUCUCUGAAUAUGGAUUUUGAAAACCAGGAUAAAGAUAAAGAUGUGAAUACUUCAUCUGGUACUUUCAAUGCAAACAAUGCAAACAAUAGUAUCCAGACCAUAGAUUCUACACAAGCUCUAUUCCUUCCUGUAGGGGCAUCAGUGUCUCUCUUAGUGAUGUUCUUCUUCUUCGAUUCCGUUCAAGUAGUCUUUACAAUAUGCACUGCAGUUCUUGCAACAAUAGCAUUUGCCUUUCUGCUGCUUCCGAUGUGCCAGUAUUUAACAAGACCCUGUUCGCCUCAGAACAAAAUUUCAUUUGGCUGCUGUGGACGAUUCACUGCUGCUGAACUACUCUCAUUUUCCCUUUCAGUCAUGCUUGUGCUUAUCUGGGUAUUGACAGGGCACUGGCUACUGAUGGAUGCUCUGGCAAUGGGCCUCUGUGUAGCCAUGAUCGCUUUUGUACGGUUGCCAAGUCUUAAAGUUUCCUGCUUGCUGCUUUCUGGACUCCUCAUUUAUGAUGUCUUCUGGGUAUUCUUCUCUGCUUACAUCUUCAACAGCAAUGUGAUGGUGAAGGUGGCCACUCAGCCUGCUGACAAUCCUUUAGAUGUGCUAUCAAGAAAACUUCAUUUGGGACCUAAUGUUGGACGGGAUGUUCCUCGCCUGUCACUACCUGGAAAAUUGGUGUUUCCAAGUUCAACAGGCACCCACUUUUCAAUGCUAGGAAUUGGAGAUAUCGUCAUGCCAGGACUUCUGUUAUGCUUUGUGCUUCGAUAUGACAACUAUAAGAAAGUUUCUAACAGUGAGGCUAUUCCACCCAAUAUACCUGGUCGUAUGCAAAAGGUGUCAUACUUCCAUUGUACUUUGAUCGGUUACUUUGUAGGUCUUCUGACAGCCACUGUAGCAUCCAGAAUUCACCGGGCUGCUCAGCCUGCACUCUUGUACCUCGUUCCAUUUACACUGCUACCACUGCUCACCAUGGCUUAUUUAAAGGGUGAUUUACGGCGUAUGUGGUCAGAGCCAUUCCACUCCAAGGCAAACAGUUCUCGAUUCCUGGAAGUAUGAUAGGAUGAAGUGCAGCUAAGAGCAGGAAUGACAUAUGGUGGGCACCAGAAGAUUUGUGUCAUGUGGUUUCAUUCUUCUCAUCAAGCAAGAUCGGUGCUUAAAUUGUUAACAAAAAUGGUUGUGGAGGAAUUUUCUUUUCCUUUUAUGGAAUGCAGACCUUGUACAAUUAAUCCAACCCAUUUGCAGUCUUUGGAUUAGCAACAGACACACGCCCUACCAUGUAUAUUACAAAUGAAAAAGGAACAAGAAGUCCACCUUUUUAAUGACAAGAUGUCAAAACUAAUCUUGUACAUACAGCUGCCAUAUAGAAGACGCAACUUGAAGAAGCCUGUUUAAAGGGACCAGCACCAAGUCAACGACCGUUUGGUUUGUCUUGAACUUUAGCCUGAAGAAGAAGACAAGGCAGCGACAUAUCUUGAAUUCCGUAAUUAUCUGUGCGGUGACUCCUAUUUCCUCCCCUCCCCCCACAGACACAAGUUGGGUAUGCAGUAAAAUCUAUGCUGUAAUUAACUUUACAUCUGAUGUUUUGUUGCAAUGAUCCAGAAAGGUAAAGACGCCAAGAUGAAUCAUGUUGUGUACUUAAAUGGCCUGUUGUAAAUUUUAGCAUGUAUAGCAUUAAAUAUUGCUUCAGUAUAAGACCCACUGUUCCCUGUUCCAAGAUGCUCUUUUACCAUAAUAUGUGACUUUAAACACGUAAUUGUAGUUUGCACUUGUACCUGUGUUCAUGACCCCAGUUGAUCUUGCACAAUUAUGAUUGGUGUAGCAAAAAAGUUAACUUUUUAUGGUUUUCCCCAUUUCUUUUCUUGGUUUGAUUAAUUUAGCUAAUGCAUGUAUCAUAGCGGUACUCGUUAUCUAAACCCUCUUGAUUGUAGUGGUGUAUCCUUGUAAAUAUUUCUUUUUUGUAUACAUUUGUUUAAAUGUGCAUUGUUAGCUCUACAUAUGUUGAUAAGUGUAAUCUUGUCCAAGUUUACAAGCAGUAUCUGUUUUGUACCUUGGGUUUGUAUUCAGUUCACAGAACUUUUUCUGGUAGACAUUGACUUUGGCUGCUGUGGUAGCAGCAAUUUAAUAUACAAUAGAACGUGAAUCAAACCGAAGGUUUGCGUGCCUCUAGAAUUCCCGUCAUCAUUGUGUGAACAAGAUGGCAACUGUAGUCUUCAAGCCCAGAGAUUUCCUAAUAGAGUGCAAGGCCUGGAACCAAAACAAAUUAAUACAAACAAUGCUUCAAAUUCUUCUUCCAUGCCCACUUCUUCCUGUCCCCAGCCCCCGACAUGUUCUCCUAAACAUACACCCAGAGUGUCAGGUUAUUAUUUUUUAAAGAUGGUAUUGUUUUCUUGAAAACAACUGAGUGUAAUGUUAUCGUGCCGUAGACUAGACAAGUUGAUGAAGCCAUUUUAUAGAUUCUGGCUUUGCUCAAAGCAGUCAGAUGGACUGAAUGAGUACUGUACAAUCCUUGUACAUCAGGUGUGUUUCUGGCCCUGGAAAUGAACAAUAUCUUUCAUCUCUACAUAACAUGCGCAGUCAAGAUUCCUUUGUAAAUAAAACCAAAAGUUUAAGUGCA